AUGUUCUCGAACGUGGUGCUAGGCAUGAAGAUGGAGGUGUUCGAUGACCUCCUGGUUGCCUACAAGGCCAGCAAGGAGUACCGUUCUGACACGGACAUGCAGGCGGCGGACUGGGAGGAGAUGGUGCGCCGGUACAAGGAGGUGACGACCGUGCCCGCCGACCCCCACGAACAGCUUCAGUUGGCGAUUCGGGCGGUCUUUUCUUCCUGGAUGACACCGCGGGCCAUCAAGUACCGGCAGUACAACGAUAUCCCCGAGACCCUGGGGACGGGGGUGACGGUGCAGAGCAUGGUCUUCGGCAAUAUGGGCGAAGACUCGGGCACGGGGGUUGCCUUCACUCGCAACCCCAGCACCGGGGAGAACGUGCAUUUCGGGGAAUACCUUCAAAACGCGUGCGGCGAGGACGUGGUGGCUGGGAUCCGCACCCCGGAGGACUUGACAGGCCUGAAGGCGCAGAAUCCACAGCUGUACGAAGAGCUGCUGCGCGUGUUCGACCUGCUUGAGAAGCACUAUAGGGACAUGCAG